AUGGCCACCUCCGUCCCGAUCCUCGAGCAGCUCUGCGUCACCACGGCCAUUAUUGGCCUGCUGGCCAUUGGCGGCAAGACCAUCGACUCGCUCUAUGAGAUGAACACCAGCCCCGGCCGAGACACGGCGAUCCUCAACAAGGCGCUCCAGGAGGUCAAGCAGUGCCGCUCCUCGGUCCACAUCCUGUACAAGAAUUUUUCGCUGCUCGAGGCCGGCCAGCUGCCGUACCCCGACCGGGCGACGUGGAUCAGCACCGACGACCUGAUCGCGACGCUGACCGACACCGUCCUCGCAAUCACCGACCUGCAAGAGGCCAUCGAGCCCAUCGAGCUGUGCCAAGGGCUGGCCGCACGCAUUGUCGCGUGCAACGAGCACUCCCAGCGACUAACCAGCCUGUCCACAAGGAUACGGUGGCACAAUCUGACCAUGAACAUGAUGAUGACUAUCCUCAAGUGUCCCGGCGAGCAGGAUGCCCAGAACAGCAGGCUUGGCCUCGAGCGACGAAUGACCCGGCUGCUCUCCUCCAACAGCGACAUUGCGCUGCGCAUGCGCCGCCUGCGAGACACCUUUGGCGCCCGGUCCAUGGCCCGACGCGCGAUUCCAAAUUACGCCCCCGUCGCCCAGAGUGCGCCGCGGCUACCCGCGGACCGCACGUCUUCAGCCUCGUCCAUAUCCGAGGGAUCAACGUCGGCAGCCUCCGGCCAGCAGGCGGUCGAGGCCGAGACCGUUCCUCAGCCCCGGCUGUGGUCCAUCUUUUCUGGCUACAACCUUGCCGACAUUCCCGUCCUGUCCAUGAUUCCCCUCCCAGUCUUGACCCUCGAGCUCCGUGACAAUGAAUUCUACACAUUCGACUUUGCCCAGCGAGUCAGCCACGACCUCGUCGAGCUCAUGCAGCUCGAUCCCGGUCAGCAGGGAACCAGCAAGAUGCUGCGCGUCAUCCUCUCCAAGCCCGUCGUCGCCCUUCCGCCAGGCACCGCCGGCAUGAACACAACCCCCAAUACCACCGCCGUGGACCUCGAACCCCCGGCUGUCGAACCUACCCCCACGAGCACAACGCCUCCUUCCGAGCCGUUGCGCGCGAAGAAGAAGAUUAUGAGCUUCAAGAACCCGCUCAAGCACCGCAUUCGACGGAAGAAGCUCAAAUGA